CAAAUCCCCUCUCUGUCCUUCUUGCUUCCUGCCCCAGGCCCCGAGCUGAGGACGGAGAGCCCGGAGGACAAAUCUCCCCGUGAGACCCUGGUGGGAGAGGCCGUUUUGAAGGGCUCCACGGCGCAGGAAGGCAGCGGGGAGGAAAAGGCCCAGAGAUCCCCCCGCAGGAGGGGCUCCAAAGCCAGCCCAGGGUGCUCUGAGGAGGAAAGACCCAGCCUGUGCCAGGAAGGCGACCGGAGCUUGAGGCGGAGCUCCAACCUGGUGGUCCCUGAGCAGCCUCCCUGCAGUGAGAAGCCCUUCAGGUGCUUGGAAUGUGGGAAGAGCUUCAGGACAAGCACCAACCUGAUCCGACACCAGCACAUCCACACUGGGGAAUGGCUCUACACAUGUAGGGAAUGUGGGAAGAGCUUCAUGGACAACUCUACCCUGAUCCGACACCAGCGCAUCCACACUGGGGAACGGCCCUAUACGUGUGGGGAAUGUGGGAAGUGUUUCAGGAACAGCUCCAGCCUCCUCAGACACCAGCUCAUCCACACCGGAGAACGGCCCUACGCUUGUUUGGAAUGUGGGAAGAGCUUCACGGACAAGUCUACCCUGAUCCAACACCAGAGCAUCCACACCGGGGAACGACCCUACAAGUGCUUGGAAUGUGGGAAGAGGUUUAGGAUCAGCUCACAUCUCCUCCUGCACCAGCGGACACACACGGAUGAGAUGCCCUUCCGCUGCACUGACUGCGGGAAGGGCUUCAGGCAGAACUCUCACCUUGUCAGGCACCGACGAAUCCACACAGGGGAGAGGCCCUACAAGUGGGGGGAGUGUGGGAAGAGCUUCAUCCAGAGCUCUGCCUUGACCUCACACCAACAGACCCACCGGUAAGAGAAGCCCUCUGAG